ACGGGAGCUGAACGCAGUCGCCGUGGAGACGGUGUGAUGAAAAGACUUCGGAUAGACUCUUCUUCACCGUCUUCAAUCAGUCUAAGGAGAGAUGAGCUCCCUUCUGUCAUGGAUCACAGCACUCCUGCUUUCUACACUGCCAAAUUGUGUGACUGAUAACGCGUGUCCGAAUUACACAAUUCUACAGGAUCCCUGGCGUAACGUUGGUUUCUUCUCCUCUGAAGGAGUGAAGACUGAUACCAGCCUGACCAAACCAGGGUGGUACAGGUUCAACGGCGUAGGAGGAAAUCGAAUUGUCGAAUAUUGCCAAAAUUCAACGGGUUUUAACUCAUUUUUUCUUUGGACUGACAAAAAAAAUUCCACAAAAAUUCGGAUGUAUUCAUGUGAUGCAUUUUUUAACGAAUCCAGCGUCAUCUGCCCUCAAGGCAACGUUUCCAUCCAGAACUGUGAUGGAGGACUGGUCCUCUACUACCUGCGUCCGAGCACACUAUAUGCUACACGUCAUUCCUCCUGCAGUAACUCAUCCUGUGGUAAAAACGCUCACUGCAGUAUGGUUCGUGGUGGUUGUCAUUGUGACGAUGGUUUUUCCAUACCUGAUGGCUUUCAACCCAGUGGAGAAUCGUACGGAUGUACAGAUUUCCAUGUCACACAAACUCCAGAGUGCCAGAAUGCGUUCACAUUGGAGUGCGUAACUGAUUACCUGAAUCAGAUUCAGAACAGCUCAACUAGUAAAAUGUCUGAAGAAGUUGUCGUCUUUUUUUUGGACAAUUUAUUAAACAGAACAUCAGUUUUGGAAGGAGCGUCUACUGACCAAACGAAGCUGGCAUCCUUCGGGAACUCUAUACUUAACGCCACGGAGACGCUGGUGUCCGUACUGGUUAAAAAAACAAAUACGUCCUACUACAAAAACCUUACAGUCGAAUCGAUCGAAGCUGCAGUUUUUGUUAUUGGAACCAAUGAUUCAUUGACAGAAAUCCCACGAAUGAACACAAGCAACGCUUUUUUGGAUAUCAACCUCAUUGAGAUUUUAAAGCACAGUGCAGAUGCUGUGAUGUUCUUGAGCUACUCCAACAUGUCCGUCUUUCUAAAACCGAGUUACUUCAACUCGGGCGACUCGAGCAAAAAAAACAAUACCAUGGUUUCUACAGUGAUGACGGUGAAGCUCCUCAGCACCCAGAACCAACAAACUCCCAGCAGCAGAUCUGAGGGGCGGCCAGAGUUUAACAUCACUAUAGAACACACCGCCGAGGUUAAACCUAAAGGAACUCUAGUCUGUGUGAACUGGAUGGAAACAGAAUGGGUGGAGGGCAGAUGUAAACUCAUCCGGAUAAACAGUAGCUUCACUACAUGCUUCUGUGUUCGUCCGGGAACCUUCGCUCUCAUUAUGCAAAUCGACGGAUCAUCAGAGAAUAGCUACCUGUUAGAGAAACUCAACAAGGUGGCCGUGCCUGUAGGCCUGGUGUUCCUCACCCUGUCUCUGCUGACCUUCAUCUUCUGUCAGACACAUUCAUUAAUGAUCAACACGGCUCUGAUUAAUCUGUGUAUCAGUCUGUUUCUGGCUCACCUCAUCUUCCUGCUCACUCAGAUACACCUUCUUGAUGUUGCCUCCAUACCGAUGCUCUGUGCAGCGUUAGCUGGAGUUCUGCACUUCCUGUUCCUCUCUGCUUUUGUGUGGAUGCUGAUUGAAGCCGUGCUGCUCUUCAUCUCAGUGAAGAACUUAACUAAAUUGAGAUCCAGGCAGACGGAGCUGCUCAGCUGGAGAUGGCUGAUUAUUAUUGGAUACAUUAUUCCACUGGUUACGGUGGGCGUGUCUGUUGGGCUGUUUUCUGAGGGAUAUGGCAGUGAACAGUGUUGGCUUAAGAGAGAGAAUGGCUUCUUGUGGAGUUUCUUGGGUCCUGUCUGCGUCAUUUUGGCAAUAAACAUGUUGCUCUUCAUCAUGAUCGGCGUCCUGAUGAUCUCCACCCUGAGGAAGCUGAACAAUCAGAUGCUGCAGGUGAAGGUCACAACCAAAGAUAAACGACUUGUUGAGAGUGUGAUGGUUAAAACUCUGCUGCAGUUUAUCAUCAUCGGAUGCUUCUGGACUGUGGGCUUCUUUACGGAGAGCAGUGAGGUGGUGAAGAUCCUCUUCAUGAUCGUCAACUCCCAGCAGGGCACCUUCAUCUUCCUCAUCCACUGCAUCCUCAACUACGAGAUCAGGCAGCAGUACAAGAAGUUACUUUUCUGCUUCUGGCCAUCCAGUAAAUCUAUUCUUGAAACCACGAAUACGUGAAUAUUGGAGUGACAUCACUACAUUUAUACCUAUUAAUACCAGUUAAAACUUGUCUAAAAUCAUUAGAUUAAAGAAAUGUGCAAUUUAUGUUUACACAACAAAAUAAGCGAGCACUUAAACAUGACGAGUUUCUUUGAUUUUACCAAAUUGAAAACCUCUGGAAUAUAAUCCAGGAGUAAAGCAGCAUAAAGUUAUCCAAAAGCAGUGUGUAAGACUGGUGGAGGAGAACAUGAUGCCAAGAUGCAUGAAAAAAACUGUGAUUAAAAACCAACCAGGGUUAUUCCACCAAAUAUUAAUU